UAUAGACUAUAUAUAAGCUGUGCUAUAAAGAUUCUGCUAAAAUUUUAUACCGGUAGCCACACAUUAUGUGCAUGCAAUUAAUUCGAGCAAGCGGAGUAAUAAAACCUUGAAAAGCUAACAAACAAUCAAUCAGCCAUCCAUUCAGCCUAGUUUGUUGAGUCUACUGCAAGAUGUUUGCUCAAAGAUCUGCGUGGCUUGGAAUGAGAGCAAGAAGUCGACAAAUCCUUGCCCGCCAUCUAAGAAACAGAUCUGAAUUUACUACACCAACUGGAGGAAAUGAGAGAUAUGAUGUGAUAGUUGUAGGAGGAGGUCAUGCUGGAUGUGAAGCAGCUGGUGCAGCAGCUCGUAUGGGAGCUCAAACAUUACUCUUGACUCAUAAGAUUGAAACUAUAGGUGUAAUGUCAUGUAACCCAUCAUUUGGAGGCAUUGGAAAAGGUCAUCUUAUGAGAGAAGUUGAUGCUUUGGAUGGAAUCUGUGCUAGACUUUGUGAUAAAGCUGGCAUCCAAUACAAAGUUUUGAAUAGACGGAAAGGACCUGCAGUCUGGGGACUUCGGGCCCAGAUUGACAGGGAUCAGUACCAAAGCUAUAUGCAAGAUGAAAUACUUCAUACACCAAACCUGACUGUCAGGGCUGCUCCAGUAGAAGAUCUUAUCAUUACAGAGGAGGAGGUUGGUGAGAUGGAUGGUUGUCAUGGUGAUAAGCCAGUCUGUUCAGGAGUGGUGUUGGAGAACGGUGAGACUAUUUACAGCAGUGCAGUCGUCAUAACUACAGGAACCUUCUUAAGAGGAGAGAUCCAUCUUGGUUUAGAUAGGAGACCUGCUGGGAGAAUAGGAGAUGAACCUUCAGUAGGUCUGGCUAAGACAAUUGAAGAUGCUGGAUUUACUCUGGGUAGAUUAAAAACAGGGACCCCUCCUCGUUUGGAUGGUAAGACUAUAGACUACAGUGACCUAAUAGCAAACUAUGGAGAUGUCCCUCCUGUACCGUUCUCCUUCAUGACUGACACGGUUGCUAUAAAGCCUGAAGAUCAGGUGAUCUGUCACCUGACUCAUUCUAACCCGACAGUGCAUCGCUUAUGUAUUGACAACCAACAUCUCAAUGUUCAUGUCAAGGAAGAGGCUAAUGGACCAAGAUAUUGCCCUUCAAUUGAGUCUAAAUGUCUUAGGUUUGGUGAUAGAUCACAUCAGAUCUGGUUAGAGCCUGAAGGUCUGAAUACAGACAUUGUGUACAUGCAGGGGUUUUCUGUGACUCUUCCACCUAACCUACAAGAGAAGUGUAUUCAUAGUAUCAAGGGUUUAGAGAAUGCCAUAAUGACUAAACCAGGUUAUGGUGUUGAGUAUGACUAUGUAGACCCAAGAGAAAUCAAGCCAUCACUGGAAACACUCAAGAUACCGAGGCUGUUCUUUGCUGGUCAGAUCAAUGGUACAACAGGAUAUGAAGAAGCAGCAGCACAGGGUAUCAUUGCUGGGAUCAAUGCAGUUCUUAAAGCUAGAAGACAACCUCCUUUUAUAAUUAGCAGAACAGAGGGCUACAUCGGUGUCUUGAUUGAUGAUCUGACGACUAGAGGCACUUCUGAACCCUACCGCAUGUUUACCAGUCGCACUGAGUUCCGUAUGACCCUCCGACCUGAUAAUGCAGACCUCAGACUUACGCACAAAGGUUUUGCGGCUGGAUGUGUAUCGCAAGACAGGUUUGAACGUGCAAUGGAGACAAGAAGAGAUCUUGAAGAGAGCAAAGAACUUCUAAGGUCAAUCAAGCUGCACAAACAUGAAUGGCGAAGACAUCUUAAGAACCAUGGUUUUCAAGCUGUGUUUGGAAGCAGUAUGUCACCAGACAAGAUGAGUGCAAUGGAUAUACUACAAUUCCCUGGUAUAGCAGUCAAUCAUCUUACCUCGGCCUUACCCACAGAGGGUCUUGCUUUUCUUGAGGACUACAAACUAGCUGAAAGAUUGAAAAUUGAAGGUAUUUAUGCUCCUCUUCUUCCACAACAAGAGGCAGCCAUAGCUGAAGUACAGGCGGAUGAAGGAUUAGAACUACCUGAAGAUCUUGAUUAUAACAGCAUAAAACUUUCUACUGAAGCUAUUUACAAACUCACCCAAGCAAGACCAACAACCAUUGGUGCUGCUAGUCGACUAGAGGGUGUUACCCCCGCAGCUGUUCUACGUUUGCUCUAUCAUGUCAAGAGACAACACCAGAGCAGGAUGUCACAGUCAUGACAGUAACAGUGAUAAUCUUCUUCUCGGGUCACAGUGUCUUUGAACGCUUCACCAACAACAUCAGAGAAGGAUGUCACAUUCCAACUCAUGACAGUAGCAGUGCUGAUUUUCUCGGCUCAGAAUGUCUUUGAAAGCCUUACCAAUAACAUCAGAGAAGGAUGUCACACUCCACCUCAUGACAGUGGCAUUGGUAGUCAGGUCACAACACGAGAGCAGGAUGUCAAAUUACCUCAUG